CAAGGAACUUCCAUUCCUGGUGAGGGGAUCCUGGCUGCCACCGAACCAUGGAGAAUCUGCCCUGCUGCCGGGGCUGCCGGCUGUGACGGCCCAGGGGGUAGUCGGGCUGUGGCUGGUUGGAGCAGGGUGAGGUGGUAGCCUUCUACUAAGACCCAGCUGCCGGGACCCCUUGGGGACUGGGGACCCCCUGAAGAGCCCGGUCCAUAACUCAGCUCUGCAAGUCUCCUGCACCCCUGCCCAGAAUGUGGAAAUGCCAGAUGAAGACAAAGGAAACAUCCCAAAGCUCCUGUUGACCUUUGACCUCUGUUCUCAAACCACCAUCUCUCAGAGAUGGAGAACGUGGCAGGUUGCCCAGAAUCCUUCACAUCCAGGUUCCUCGUCAUCCUCCUUUUUCUCCAGCUGCUCACAAUGGGUUCAGCUCAGUUUUCUGUGAUUGGACCUGCAGAGCCUGUCCUGGCCUUGGAGGGGGGAGACACUGAGAUGCCCUGUCACCUGAACCCUAAGGAAAGCGCUGAGUUUAUGGAGGUGAGGUGGUUCCGAUCCCAGCCUUCUAAUGUCGUGCACCUGUACGAUAGUGGAGCCGAGCUGUUUGGAGAGCAGAUGGAGGAAUAUCAAGGGAGGACAGAGUUGGUGACAGACGCCCUGGAUUAUGGGAGUGUGACUGUGAGACUACGCAAUGUCAGAGUCUCUGAUGAAGGAAACUAUCAUUGUUCUUUCUAUGAUGGCAAUUCUGAAGAUGAAGCCCCUCUGGAGCUGCAGGUGGUUGCUUCCCUCUUCCCGACGGCUCUGUCCUUGAUGGUGGCCCUGGGAGUGACCCUUCCUCUGCUGGGACUGCUCAUCGCUGGGGGUCUUUAUCUCAUCUGGAAACACCCCAGGGACAAAGAGAAAUUCCUGUUGGAGCUCAGGCAGACACUGGUAGAGCUACGCCCCACCAACGUCACUCUCGAUCCCCACACGACGCAUCCCCGACUCGUCCUGUCUGAGGAUCGGAAACGGGUGACACUGAGAAACACACGGCGGUACCUGCCCGACAACCCGGAGAGAUUCAGUCAUAACUCCUGUGUGCUGGGCCGCGAGCGCUUCACCUCCGGGAGACAUUGCUGGGAGGUGGAGGUGGGAGAAGCGACUAUCUGGUAUCUGGGGGUCUGUAGGGAAAAUGUGAGGAGAAAAGGGGGCAUCUCGGAGUCACCUGCGGAUGGAUUCUGGGCCGUGAAGAAAGAUUAUGAUGGAUACUAUGCGCUCACCUCUCCUCGCGUCCCUCUCCCCCUGACCACCUCCCCCAGCCGGGUGGUGGUUUACCUGGACUACGAGGCUGGAGACGUCUCCUUCUACAGUGGCACUGACGGAUCCCACAUCUACACUUUCCCCCGCGCCGCCUUCUCGGGGACCCUCCGACCUUUCUUCCGCCUUUAUUACACGAAUCAAUGCCUGACCAUCUGCCCUGUCCCUGCCCCCGCUCAGGAGACUCCAGUGAACCCCCCUGGCCUGGGACCAGCCUCAGCCACUGGAGAAGGGGAUCCCCUCCCUGGGGCCGAUGCCCCAUUGCUCCCCCAACCCAAGCCGGGCCCCGGAGUCCCUCCUGCCCCUUAGGGAGCCUCCCGGCCCCUCCCCUCUGCCCCCUGUACCGCUCCUUCCCCUCCCGGGGCUGCAGCUACCUGUGUCCCCGCCUCCUCCUCUGCUCCCCCAGGGCAGGCCCAGCCUAGGAGGGGUCUCUGCUACUGUUGCUGCUGCUGGGGAAGUGUCCCUGCUGAGGGCGGGGCUGGGGGCAGUAAAGCAGCUGCUGCAACUCUGGUACCUCAGUGGGGUUUUACAAGUGCCACUGACCCUCCUGCUCCUUACUCCUCCACCAGACCCUGAACUCGGAGGGCAGAGGGGCAGCUCGCCUCCACCGCACAGUUGUGAUAGACUCCAGAUUCUCCUGGUUUAUGGCAAUUCUUUUUGAACUUUCGUGUGGGAUUGGGUUCUGUUCCUGGCUCAGUGUGGAGGUGGCUAAUGUGAUUAUGGGCUUCACCUUGAAUUCACCAGAAUAAUAAUAAUGAUGGCAUUUGUUAA